AUGUCGAAAUUGGCAGUAGAAGAUGAGACAGCCUGUACGGCAGCAAAGAAAUUCACGGACUUAUUCUACGAUGCCGUUGAUCGAAAGCGAAAUAAAAUGAAUUUCUUAUACGCCGAUGGAGCCACGCUUGUUUGGAAUGGGAAUGCCAUACAGGGAGUAGAAAUCAUCGCCAAAUUUUACGAUAGUUUACCCAACUCCACUCACACGUUGGAAUCACUAGAUUGCCAAUAUAUCGAUAGUUCGGACCGAGCGCGCCCUUUGGUGGUCCUUGCCAUUGGGAAAGUAGUUCUUGGUCAAAUGACACACGCCUUUACGCAGACACUAGUCCUAACACUGGAGGAUGAAAAAUAUAAAAUAUUGAGUGAUCGGUUCCGUUUCGUUGAUUGA